AUGGCAGCACCAGUCAGAAAUUCAGCAUCCGAGGACCGAUGGAUUGCCACGAAGCUAGACCAGCUCGCUCGACAACCCGACGGUCGCGAUACCCGCGACGGCUAUCUGGCAAUUAUCCGCUAUGUACAGGCCUCUAACGCACAUCUUUAUGCCAAUAUAAGCAGUAACCAACUGGAAAUAGCCCAAUUGAAGGAUACUGUGCGUGGGCAGACACAAACUAUUACGGACAUGGAAAAACAGCACCAAUACACGCUCUCCAAAGUCCACGAGGGGUAUUGGAACAAGCUUUGCUACCUCAACAACCAUAACGCCGCUUUCGGCAUCGAACUUUCAGAAGCCAACCAACAGAAUGCCGAAUUAAGCCAGAGGAAGAAAGACCUGGAAGUUGAGGCGCAAAUGGUUUAUCGCUACGGCCUAGAGCACCGAGAGCAAAUGGAGAGCUUGAUUCGGAAACCAUAUAAGUCCGGUGCUCGCGCUUUACACGAUGUGUCUCGCUCCGAAUCUCCGCCCUCGAAGAAGCGAAAGGUGACGACACUCUCUUCUAAACUCCCUCGCAACCCUGUUCUCUGCACGCAAUGCUAUGCUCAUGGCUACGAAUGCGACCAUGACAACCGCUGCAAGUCAUGCACCGAGAACAAGACUCGCUGCAUUCGAAUGCAGUGCAGCACCUAUGACGCUGGCGCAUGUCAAUGCAGCAGACAAAAUUGCCCAUUUGCGCAUCCGGAAGAUGGUUAUACAAAUACGGUCAAGGCGGGGCGCGCAGCGAAGAGAGACAAACACCUUCCGCGGGCGGCCAGCAAUGUUAGGUGUUGA